AUGGUCAACUCCUGUUGUGGUUCCGUCUGCUCUGACCAAGGCUGUGGCCUGGAGACCUGCUGCCGCCCCAGCUGCUGUGUGUCCAGCUGCUGCAGGCCCUUGUGCUGCCAGUCUGUGUGCUGCCAGCCCACCUGCUGCCGCCCCAGCUGCUGUCAGACCACCUGCUGCAGGACCACCUGCUGCCGCCCCAGCUGCUGUGUGUCCAGCUGCUGCAGACCCCAGUGCUGCCAGUCUGUGUGCUGCCAGCCCACCUGCUGCCGCCCCAGCUGCUGUCAGACCACCUGCUGCAGGACUACCUGCUGCCGCCCCAGCUGCUGUGUAUCCAGCUGCUGCAGGCCCCAGUGCUGCCAGUCUGUGUGCUGCCAGCCCACCUGCUGCCGCCCCAGCUGCUGCCAGACCACCUGCUGCAGGACCACUUGCUGCCGCCCCAGCUGCUGCAUCUCCAGCUGCUGCAGGCCCCAGUGCUGCCAGUCUGUGUGCUGCCAGCCCACCUGCUGCCGCCCCAGCUGCUGCCAGACCACCUGCUGCAGGACCACCUGCUACCGCCCCAGCUGCUGUGUGUCCAGCUGCUGCCGCCCAACCUGCUCUAGCAGCUCUUGCUGCUGAUGCCCUCACCUACACUCACCUGCCUUUAUUCACCAGCAUUCUUGAUAGAGUCCACCUGUGAACUGAAUCAUGCAAGGCCAACUG